AUUAAAGGCAAGUUUCAAGAUUUCAUUAACACAAAAUCAAAGCUUUAAUUUCUUUUGUUUAGUUUUCAAGAUCACAAUCUACUUUGAUUCCAUUCUUCUUUUUCAGUUCCAUACUUUCUCUAUAUAAACAACCUUUCUCUCCUUCUCCUCUCACCACAAUUUGUUAUUCAAUUUCCUUCUCUUUGAUUUCUCUGUAGCUGAGACUUUUUUUUUCUCUCUCUUUAACGACAAUGGCUCCAAGUCUGAGCAAAGGCAACUCUGAUGUCACCACCCUCGUUGAUGGCCAUAACCAAUCCAUGGUCAGCCUCGAGGGAUCGAAACUUAUGGCGAACGGCCAUAUGUUUCUCUCUGAUGUUCCUGAUAACAUCACCGUUACUCCUUCUCCCUACACCACCGACAAGUCUGUCUCCUCCUUCGGAUCCUUCGUGGGAUUCGACACUGUCCAGCCCAGCAGCCAUCACGUGGUCCCGGUUGGGAAACUCAAGAACUUAAGGUUCAUGAGCAUUUUCAGGUUCAAGGUUUGGUGGACGACUCACUGGGUCGGCUCCAAUGGGAGAGACCUUGAACACGAGACCCAGAUAGUGAUUCUGGAUAAAUCCGACUCGGGCCGGCCCUAUGUUCUCCUUCUUCCUCUCGUUGAAGGGCCUUUCCGGGCCUCUCUCCAGCCCGGAAACGACGACAACGUCGACAUUUGCGUCGAAAGCGGGUCGACGAAAGUCUCCGCCGCCGCAUUCCGAAGUGUGCUCUACGUGCAUGUUGGUGACGACCCCUUCAACUUGGUGAAGGAAGCCAUGAAAGUCGUUAGACUUCAUUUAGGAACCUUCAAGCUUUUGGAGGAAAAAACACCUCCAGCAAUCGUAGACAAAUUCGGUUGGUGCACGUGGGACGCAUUUUACCUUACGGUAAACCCGCAAGGCAUCAUGGAAGGCGUCAAGGGUCUUGCCGAUGGCGGGUGCCCACCCGGACUCGUGUUGAUCGACGACGGGUGGCAGUCCAUCAGCCGUGAUGAGGACCCCAUCACCCAUGAAGGCGUGAACCAAACCAUUGCAGGAGAACAAAUGCCAUGCAGGCUACUAAAAUUCCAAGAAAAUUACAAAUUCAGAGACUAUAUAAGCCCAAAGAAGUCGGGGAAUAGCGGCAAGGGCAUGGGCGCUUUCAUUAAAGAUCUCAAGGAAGAGUUCAAGAGCGUCGAUCAAGUUUACGUGUGGCAUGCGCUGUGCGGAUACUGGGGCGGCUUGAGGCCUAACGUGCCUGGAUUGCCGGAAGCAAGUGUCGUGAAGCCAAAACUUACUCCGGGAUUGGAGAGGACGAUGGAGGAUUUGGCGGUUGAUAAGAUAGUCAACAACGGAGUGGGGCUGGUUCCGCCGGAGAUCGUUGAUCAAAUGUACGAAGGGCUGCACUCACACUUGGAGAAAGUUGGAAUUGAUGGGGUCAAGGUUGACGUUAUCCAUCUUUUAGAGAUGAUGUGUGAGAAUUAUGGAGGCAGAGUGGAUCUUGCGAAAUCAUACUACAAGGCUUUAUCAGAGUCGGUGAAAAAGCAUUUCAAGGGCAAUGGAGUAAUUGCAAGUAUGGAGCACUGUAACGAUUUCAUGUUUCUUGGGACGGAGGCCAUUGCUCUUGGUCGUGUUGGUGAUGACUUUUGGUGCACUGAUCCAUCUGGUGAUCCAAACGGUACCUUUUGGCUGCAAGGGUGUCACAUGGUGCACUGUGCCUACAACAGCUUGUGGAUGGGCAACUUCAUUCACCCAGAUUGGGAUAUGUUCCAAUCUACUCACCCUUGUGCCGAAUUUCAUGCGGCUUCCAGAGCAAUUUCUGGCGGUCCAAUUUAUGUCAGUGACACUGUUGGCAAGCACAACUUCCCCCUGCUCAAGCGCUUAGCCAUGCCUGACGGUUCCAUUCUCAGGUGUGAAUACUAUGCCCUUCCCACCAAAGACUGCUUCUUUGACGAUCCUCUCCAUGAUGGCAAGACCAUGCUCAAAAUUUGGAACCUCAACAAGUACACUGGAGUUAUCGGAGCAUUCAACUGCCAAGGAGGAGGAUGGUGCCGUGAGACUAGACGCAACCAAUGCUUUUCUCAAUAUUCUCACAAGGUGACAGCCAAGACCAAUGUUAAAGACAUUGAAUGGAACAGCGGGAAGAGCCCCAUUUCCAUUGAAGGAGUUGAAGUUUUCGCCAUGUACUUGUCUGAAUCCAAGAAGCUGGUUCUUUCCAAGCCCGACGACGACAUUGAAAUUUCCCUGGAGCCCUUCACUUUCGAACUCAUCACUGUUUCUCCAGUCACCGUUUUGUCUGGGAAGUCUGUGCAGUUUGCUCCAAUUGGCCUGGUGAAUAUGCUCAACACUGGCGGUGCUAUCCAGUCCUUGUAUUACGGUGGGAGUUCUGUGAAGAUUGGAGUUAAGGGAAGUGGAGAAAUGAGAGUGUUUUCUUCAGCGAAACCGAGAGCUUGCAAGAUUGAUGGGGAAGACGUUGUCUAUGAAUACGAAGGGAAUAUGGUUGUUGUUCAAGUGCCAUGGUCAAAUCCUUCUGGUUUAUCAGUUAUCGAGUACUUAUUUUAGAGUUAAAA